AUGCGUGAGCUUCCAAGCUCGGACGCGGAAUUGGAGGGGGUGCGAGAGCGAAAAGGGUGCGGCGACAAGGACACGUUGUUUGCAGAAAAUGAGUUGGUGGCCAUCGGCAGUACGGAAUCUACCGAGGGAUUAAAAGUGCUGGUGCACCCGGCGACUCACUCGCUUGCGGAGCGACGGCUGCGGGAGCUGAAUGAGGUGCGGGCGGAGCGCGUGGCCAGGCGACGCAGUCCCGAGAACAAGUUUAUGCGGGCGAUGCAUGUCGUUAUGCCCUACGGUGGUAUCUUGUCCUCCGCAUUCAACCUUGCUAGCUCGACGCUUGGCGCCGGCAUCGUUGCGCUGCCAGCCGCGUUCCAAAUGUCCGGGAUAGUUAUGAGUGUGUUGUACCUUUUGACAGUGGCGGCGAUGGUGGUGUAUUCCUUUGUGCUUCUUACCAUCGUCGGUGAACGGACGGGGCUGCGGAGCUACGAGAAGGUGACGCAGCAGCUGCUUGGCCGCGGCGCAGACCACGUGUUGGCAGUUCUUAUGUGGCUUCUUUGCUUUGGCGGGGACGUGUCGUACGUCAUUUCCAUGCGGGGAAUUAUUCAGGGGUUUGUCAACAACUCCGUGUCUGCGCCGGCGUUCCUGAAGACGCUCUCCGGCAACCGACUGCUUACAAGUAUUGUGUGGCUCUUCCUCAUGUUUCCGCUCUGCCUGCCGAAGGAAAUCAACUCCCUCCGCAUCGUUUCCACAAUCGCCGUCCUGUUUAUUGUUUUGUUUGCCAUCUGCAUCGUUGUGCAUGCGGCACAAAACGGACUAAAAUACGGGAUGCGUGAGGACAUUGUGUACUUUCGGACCGGAAAUCAGGCUAUCACCGGACUCUCUAUUUACCUUUUCGCCUACGUGAAUCAGGUGAAUUGCUACGAGGUCUAUGAGGAGCUAUACAAACCCAGCGUGCGCCGGAUGACCAUGAGCGCCAUCGUGGGGACGCUGCUCUGCCUCGUCUUGUAUCUUGUCGCUGGUGUGUUUGGGUACCUCGACUUUGGUUCCGAGGUGACCGACUCCGUGCUUGCGCUGUACGACCCUGUGGGCGACAAAAUGAUGGGGGUCGCCUACGCCGGCAUCAUCCUGAAGCUCUGCGUCGGCUACGCCCUUCACAUGAUACCCUGCCGCGACGCCCUCUACCACAUCCUCAGCCUUGACGUGAGGUUGAUGCCGUGGUGGCAGAACUCGUUGAUAUGCGCCACACUGGCGGUCACAUCCCUCCUUGCCGGCCUUUUCAUUCCACGCAUCACCACAGUGUUUGGGCUGCUUGGUUCCCUCUGCGGUGGCUCCAUUGGCUACGUGUUCCCCGCACUAAUGUUCAUGUACUGCGGCAACUUCAACCUCCGCUCCGUUGGAUGGGGGCACUUUAUUGGGGCGUACCUGCUCCUGUUGAUUGGAGUCGUUGCCAUCGUCUUCGGCACCAUUUCCGCCAUUUACGCUGAGGUGAGUAACGCUCAGUCGUGA